GGCAAAUCCAGCUAGGAGACGGUCUGCCUCUGUUGCAGAAGACACGUUUUGGAUGGGUAGUUUCUGGAGGAGGUUGCACCCCGGGAAACCCUCGCUUGGCCGCAUCAUUGGAUGCCUGCACUGCGCCUAUCGUUCAGGCCACUAAGGAGGAGCUCGAUUGCGAGGCCCACUUCGUCAUGCACCACGUCCGCCUUGAAUCAGGUGCCUAUUCCGUUCGCCUGCCAAUCAAGCACAGUGUGGAUCUGUUAGGGGAAUCCUACGCACAGGCUUUGCGGCGGUUCCAUUCACUUGAGCGCAAGCUGGAUCGUCAUCCGAAUUUAAGGACCCAAUAUUCGUCUUUCAUCAAGGAAUACUUGGAUCUGGGUCACAUGUCUCUGGUGCCUCAGGAAUUGCGAGGUAAGUGCCAGUAUUUCCUUCCCCACCACUGCGUCCUGAAGGAAGAAAGUUCCACCACUAAGCUGAGAGUUGUGUUCGAUGGUUCAGCUGCUACGGCUUCCGGCUAUUCCCUCAAUGAUGUCCUGAUGUCCGGCCCCGUGAUUCAGCCUAAGCUUUUUCAUACAUUGCUUCGGUUUCGGUCCCACCUUGUAGCUUUGACUGGGGACAUUUGCAAGAUGUACCGCUGCCUCAGUGCUCACAAUCUUUCCCAGCAUCUUUUGCAUCCGCUGGCUGUUCAGAAGCUGUUAUAUGGUGAAGUCGAUCGAAUGCUGGAACUGGGGGUUGAAGAAGAAUCAGACAGCGCCUGGUGCUCUCCAGUGGUUCUGGUGCAAAAACCUGCUCAAUACAGCUGUUUUGCAAAUUCUUAUGCCUAUCCCUUUCACCACUCUAACAAGGGUUCAAUGAACCUAUGGGGAGCUAUGCUCUGUCACUCCUUCUCCUCGGUGAUUCUCCAUCGCGUGUUAUAG